CUUCCGGCAGAGGGCGGAAAAACGCGUAGAUGGACUUGAGGGAUGUAUUGGUAUGGUGGCAAACUGGAGGGAAAGUGCAAGACGAUUUGUUUACAAACUGAUAUUACCACUUUCUACAAGUAAGUGUGGCUUUUAAUUGUGAUGAUGGAUGGCCCGAAUGGGGGAGGAGGGGACUCCAGAGGGGGUGGGUGGCGAGGUGGAACCUACGAUGCCACAAACCAGAUAAAACAAUUACUUAGGAUCCCAACAGAGGAAUCGGGAAAAGCAGUUGUGGAAGCCCAGCCACACACACCCCCACAGAAUAUUCCCGGGCAUAGACAGGGUCAACUUAUAAAUGAGCACUUGGAAAGGUCUGGCAGUCCUUCCAGUAAGCAACAACGCUGGGAUAACCACAGAUAUCAAGAUGGUAGACACCGAGUUGACAGUUAUGGGAGUCCUGGCAGAAGUAACCCCAGAUAUGUAAACUAUGAUUUAAACCGGACUCCGCCUCACAGAUACCAUGACAUCAGACAACGUGCAGACAGUUAUGGGAGCCCAAGUAGAAGCAACCAUAGACAGGGAAGUUACGACCGUGGCUAUGGUGGCAGUCCACGCAAUCACCACCAGUUUCAGCAACAUCAACACAGAGGAGUGCCUAAAGAUCACAAAGAUAUGCGUAUGAAUGGGCCGAGACAGUCAAAUAUCCCGAUGAAUUCUCAAAUGGCAGUGGGGCCUGAAGUUGAAAGUCCAGAUUUCAGACCUGGUCCAGAAGUUUUAGCAGAACUUGAAGAACAAUUCUUAUUUCCUCUGAAAAAGAAAUCCAUCAGAUUCCCGAAAGCCAAGUAUUUCUGCCGUCUCUGUGAUUACCAUUGUGAUUCUUUAGUUGUCUGUAGAAGGCACAUUUCUGAUGCCAGGCACAGAAAACUUAAGGAGGCCAAAGAUGUAGAAACCACUCUCAAGAAUGUGCCAUCAGCAACAAAUGACCACAUCGCAGCCAUCGACAAAUUGGUUACAUCCAUUGCUGAACAGGUGAAAGUAACUCCAGAUAUGACCAUACAACGGAAGGAAGUUGUGACUGAGCUCAAUGACCUCCUCGUUGCUAAAGUUACAGGAUGUCGCUUGGAGAUGGUGGGAUCAUCCCUGAGUGGGUUCUGUUUAAACACCAGUGAUAUCAACAUCGACGUUGUAAUGGACGACAACCUUAAUCCAUCUACUGCAUUACUGGCAGUCAAGGAGUUGGUUGGAAAAAGUGAAAUAUACAGAGAUGUUGUUGAUGACCUGUCAUCAUCAUUCCCAACCAUGUCCUUCACUCAUGCCAAGACUAGUCUACGUAUGGUAGUAGGGGCAAGCAGUACAUCUUCUAAGUUUACUAAUCAAUUGCUUGCUGACUAUGCAUCCUUGGACUCACGGGUGCCAGUCUUGGGCGUGGCUUUUAGAUACUGGGCCAAGCUUUGCCAGAUAGAUGACCAGUCACGAGGAACUCUUCCCCCUCAUGUAUUCCCACUGAUGGUAGUGCACUUCUUGCAACAGCAUCAGACACCUGUUCUCCCAGUUCUACAUGCAUUACACCCAAAUCCAGAUGGAGAGGCUUACUUGUCCCCAGCUGAACUUGGUGACAAAUGGAAGUGCAAGAACACUGAUUGUGUGGGUAAAUUGUGGCUGGACUUAUUUAGAUUUUACACUGUAGUCUUUAAAAUGACAGAUUUUGUGAUUAAUGUUCGCCAACAUCAACCCAUAACAGGAGCUGAAAAAACUUGGAGCAAAAAGAUAGCUGUUGAAGAUCCUUUUCUUCAGAAGAGAAAUUUAACAAGAACAGUGAGCGGAAACUCAGUGUUUGAAUAUAUUGUGGACCGCUUCAAGACCACCUAUAAGUACUUUGCUAUUCCCGAGUUGUCCUACGGUCCUCUUUUCUUGCACAUAGUUGUGAAAGAGGUGCAGGUUGUUAAUGGGUCCAAGGCACCAUCUGGCAUAAGUCAAAAAAACAAGAAAGGGGACAUGCUGUUGGAAUCAAUUGAAAAGGCUGGACAUUCCUUAAGUGAAGCAUCAUCAGAAUGUGAGCUGGAGAGGACAGAGGAUGACAUUGAUGUGACCAUUGAAGGGGAAGAUGAUGAAGAUGAGGAGGAUCAGGGUAACAUGUCAGGAUUUGAAGCUGACCUCAGCACAAUGUCUUUGGAAGAAACUGCGGAGGAGCCAAAUGACUCCUUGAGCCCCAAUGGUCUAAGCUCACAGGAAGAAGAUACAAGUGUAAUGACAGUAGACGACUUGACAUCCCCAUUACCCUUUGUGACUCCAAGUCAGGCAGCAAAGCUCUUCCUUCAAUUACAGGGAAAUCAAACUGUUUUCAGAUUUGAUGGAAAGACUUUCACAUCGGGGCAGAAACCACCUCUAAUAUGUGGGUCAUGUCAGAAGGAAGGACAUUGUAAGGCAGAUUGUCGUGAAGAUGAGUUGCCACCCCUCAAGCGCCUGUCACCCAUGAAUAGUUUUUUCCUCAAUCAACUCACUGCCAUUUUUGAACAUCUGACAGAGGAUUUUGAGCCAUCUGUACAGGAAAUUGAAGAGAGGGAUAGAAUAGUUGCCGACCUGGAGAAUUAUAUUCGCCAGUCCUUCCAUGGAGUGACACUCAAGUUGUUUGGUUCAUCCGCAAAUGGUUUUGGUUUCCAGCGUUCUGAUUUAGAUAUAUGCUUGACCUUUGAGGGUAAUCCUUCAGGAGAUGAUAUCGAUCAUAUCAAGAUCAUAGAAUCCCUAGCAGAUAAACUGAAAAGAUAUCGUCAGUGUGGCCAUGUGUUUGCCAUUACUACAGCUAAGGUUCCCAUCGUUAAGUUUUCCAUCCGGCGUGCCUGCCUUGAGGGCGACUUAUCUCUCUACAACACCUUAGCUCUACAGAAUACUAAACUUUUAUAUACCUAUGCCAAAAUUGAUCAUAGGGUGAAGUGCCUUGGGUAUGCUAUGAAGUACUUUGCCAAAUUGUGUGAUAUUGGGGAUGCAUCCCGAGGGUCUCUUUCUUCCUACGCUUACAUCCUGAUGGUGCUACACUUUCUACAGCAGUGUAAACCCCCAGUCAUCCCUGUGCUGCAGGAGCUCUAUGAUCAUUCGAAGCCAGCACCCCAGCUUCUUAUUGAUGGAUGGAAUGCUUGGUUUUAUGAAGAUUCAAAUUCCUUGCAACGUGCAUGGAAGGAUUAUGGCAAGAAUAAAGAAACUGUGGGACAGUUGUGGGUCUCCAUGUUAUGCUACUACACUGAGACUUUUAACUGGAAAGAACAUGUGGUUACUAUUCGUCAGUUGGCACCACUCACACGGUUGCAAAAGUUAUGGAAUUCUCGCUGUAUUGUCAUUGAAGAUCCCUUUGACCUGAGCCAUAACUUGGGAGCAGGUCUGUCAAGAAAGAUGAACACCUUCAUAAUGAAAGCUUUCAUCCGUGGAAGGGAAAUCUUUGGCACACCAGUAAUGGCAACUCCUCCGGGUUACAGGAAUUUAGUGGACUAUCUCUUUGACUCCAAGCAACUCACUGAUGGUGCUCCUCCCAAUGAUCGAGGCUGCCGGUUUUGUGGGAAAAUUGGCCACAUACAGAAAGACUGCCCUAAGAAAAGGCUGAAUAUGGAAAGGAAGGAGAAGAAGGAACGACAAAAAGAUCGUCGUGAAUUACGAAAAUUUACAACAGAGGCGGAGGACAGAGAAGGGGAACGACAGAAGCAGUCAUCAGAACAGAAGACAACUCAGGAAGCCCAAGAAUCAGAAAGCAGAGGUGUAGGAGGAGGACCAGCAUUGCCAGCUGCAAGUGGGGCACCUCAUACACUUAAGACCCCUGAAGAUGUCGUCACUGGAAAUUCAACGAGUCAGACGUCCACAGCAAAGCUGGACCAAUUACAAGCAACCAUCAGCAGAACCUCAAACCAAGGCCAGGGGAAGCCACUCAAAGAUGCCACAGGUGCUCUACCUACCAAUAGUUCUCCAAAUGUUGGGAUGAACAGUGCGAUGAAGUCUGGGGUAAAAAGUGCCUCUCAGGGUGGAGUCAGUAAUGUUGCACCUACUGGGACUGAUGCAGUGAAAUCUGGGAUAUAUACAUCUAAAAGUGAAUCCCUCUUAGGUAAUAUGGGUGAAUCUGUAUCUGGGGUAACUGGAUUAAGAGUUGGAACCAGAACUGAGGGGUCCUGUGUUGGUAGCUCAGCAAUAAAUUCAGGGACAUCAGCGAAUGCAUUGUUAGGAUCAGCUGGUGUACGAGAUUGGAGUAGUAAUGAGAAGACAGCUGGGAGCUUGAAUAGGGGAACUGUUAGCGUGCCUCCUGGUUUUCAGCAUUUGGCACAUGUUCAAAUGGGGCUCCCCAACCAGGGUCAGCCUAUCCCUGACCAUAUUACUCAAGGGAUGAAACUUAGCAGUAGUCAAGGACAUGUACAUAUUAAUCAAGUAUCAAAACAACAAGGACCCAGUAACUUAGCCAAUGCUAAUCAGUAUCAUCAAAUGACAAUCAUACAACAACAGCAACAACAACAACAACAGCAGCAGCAGCAACAACAGCAGCAGCAGCAACAACAACAACAACAACAACAACAGCAGCAGCAGCAGCAGCAGCAGCAGCAGCAGCAUCAACAACAACAGCAACAACAACAACAGCAGCAACAGUUGCCACAACAGCAAAAACCACAAAAACAACAGCAGCAGGUAAUGCAGCAAGAGCAGCAACAGGAACAGCCUCAACAGUCUGUACAUCAACACAGGCAGUGGGAAUACUGGCCAAACAGUGUCCUACCUCAGCCAGUACAAGUGGCUUCCAAAUCCCAGAAACACGAACCUCAGAAAUCUAAACCUUACCAGGGAGUCACCACAGCUCCAACAACUCAGACCCAUCAACAUCAACAGCAGUAUCCAUAUAGUAUCAGUCCAGCUGCAUUAUUUCAUAUGGCAAGUCAAGCUGCUGGUGGCCAGAUGAGUGCUGUGUUACUGCCAAGUGUUAGUGAGAGUGGUAAUAUUAGGCCUGGAAUACCAGUGUCUACAGCAUCAUCAGUAGGUAGUGGAGGGACUGCAAGUGGCUCAGGCAGUGGGGCUCCUCCCCCUCCAGGAUUUACUGCCCCAAUUGCUAUUAACUAUCAUGGACAACAGGUUGAUGCAGUGUCAUUUAACAAACUUAUAAUGAGUCCAUUAUAUAGAUCUCCAGUUUCUCAGCCUGAUGGACAAUCUGCAGUCUCAAACACUCCAUCCCAGUCUUUUAUAUCUGUUGGCCAGUCUCUGAGUGGACCAGUGGCAGGAGUGUAUGCUGUUCAGCAAGGAUCAGGUGGAGGUCAGUUUACAAAUUUGGCACCAACUGUUGCUGGUCACACUCCACAUGCAUUUGGUGAUCCAAGUCUCAGUCAGCAGCAAGUACCCUUUGAUACUCGACACUUUAUUCCUCAGCAACUAGCCCAGGGUCUGCAUCAAGGCAUUCCACAGGGACUUCCUCAGGGUAUAGCUGCACCCGUGCCUCAAGGAGUGCCUCAGGGAGUAGCUCAGGGUAUACAAGGAGGUACUGGUGUUUCACUGCCUCCCCCUGGCCUGACUUCCUCUGUACCUCAAGGGCUAAGUCAAAAUGUGCCGCAAGGAGUACCCCAAGGAUUACACCAGAGCCUACCUGGUGGAGUGUCUCAAGUUAGUAUGGGCUCAGCACUGUCUCAAGGUAUCCAAGCAGUACCCAUGGGACAUGCUUUACAGCAGCACCAUUACCCACAACCCAGCUAUCCCCAGCAAGGCUACCAGAUGCCAGUUCCAGGACCAAGUGGUUUUUAUCCAGAAUUUGUUUUUGGGGAUCCAGGCUUACAAAAUCCUUCUCCUAGUGGACAGGGCCCUCCAACUAUUCCAGCUGAAAUGAUGACAGAGAUGCCUUUUCAACGCCCAGAUGUUUAUGAUACUCAGAUGCAGGCUCUUCCGCAAUAUUUACCAUCCAGUUUACCACAACACCAAAGCCUUAUAUCCCAGAUCUCCCAGCCACACCCUAGUGUAGGCUUGCCUCCCCAUCACACUCCUCUCUCUGCAACUGGUCCUACUGCAGCAUACACCCCUAGUUCUGUUAUUUAUAUUGAUGGAGAGAGGGAUGCGAGUCAGUUACUGCACUAAAAAUAAUGAAUGACAAACAUUAAAUAAUAUACUUCAAGUUUUCAAGUAAUUAUUCUGCAAUGUCAUGCUGUCAGCCAUGAUAUGCCUGUUAUCAUGUAUGGCAUGAAUGGUGUUACUGUUAAGACUGCUGGUGUUUGGGAACUUUGAAGGAAAUACUUUUGGGCUCCAAUAAUACUCCCCUCCAAUACAUCCUAAAGAUGCUGUUUAUUCUUCACUCUCAGGCUAGGUGGUGUUGUUGCUUUGGAUAUCACAUUUAAUAAGUACAGUAUAUUGGUAGUUCUCAUUUUAAGCAUUUUUAUUUUGUUUUUGUGAGACGUAUUGACGCCAAAGGUCAUGCAUUUUUUAGAAUGACAGAACUAAGUGAGAUAGUGUGUAAUAUUGAGAAGAAAAAAAAAUUAUCACACCCGAUGAGGGGAACUAUUCAGUUUUUUAUACAGUAAUUCCAAAGUUUUAAAUAAAUAUUUUGAGUUUUUAACCCACAUGAAUUAGCAUUACAAAUGCUGUGCAGUUCUUAGCCAUUCACAUGGUAGUUGAACUUUGUCAGCUUUAAAUUUUUAGGAAGGAUAUAUAAAUAUUUUGAAACUAGAUAGUGAUUUGCUUAGAUUGUUAUAAGUUUUUUUUGUCUUUUGUUAAAAUUUACUGUUUCUUUUAUUUAUUACCCUUUAAACCUUUGGAAGUGAAUGUACUUCUGUAAAAAGUUUUGUGUGUACAGUCAAACAGUCACACAGGUAUUGUUGUGUAUGGUUUGUGAGAGAGAUAAUAAUUUCUUUUUAAAUAGUUUUUAUAAUUGUUAAAAUCAUUCAUUCCACAAGACUGGCCCCAUGUUUGUUGGUGUACCUGACCUUCAUGUUCUGUUCUCACUUUGAUUUGAGGAAGUUGUGUGUUAUAUAUAUAUUCUUGGGCCUGUUUUACUUAAUAUUUAUUUUAUCUUUGUGUUAUAUUAUGUUCUCUUUAUAUGAAUGGAUUGUUGAGAUUGAUUUCUAAUUGUACUAAAAUAACUAUUGACUCUAAGGGUACAAAUUCUUGGGUGUACAAAGUGAUAUAACGAAACUGUUAUCAUGUUAUAAAGUUAAAUGAUAACAAUUUGUAUUUUGGGUAAAUUUGAAAUAUUACAGAGGUAAGCUCUAACUUCAUCACAUAAUUGAAACUUGUUCAAAAAGUUUUUCUUGAAGUAGAAGAAGAUAGAGCAAUACCUGAUUUUUGUACUUUCAUAUUGAACAGUCCAAUUUCUAGAAAAACCCAUUCAGGACCAUUCAUUCCUAUGUCCACUAUUAAAUAUUAGGAUGAAAUAAGAGUUUACAUACAUUUUGUACCUGCCCUCAAGUACCUUUCUGUGUUUCCUCUCCCAGACCAUGGACUGGAUUCUUUUAUUCUUUAUCAUGAGUGUCUGCUGCACUAUGUUUUCAUCUUGGACAACACAGCUUGGCUCAUGAUGACUGUUGAAGAUGAGAGAAAAUAACCCAGAGUGUGAUUUGUAAGGCAAUCAGUGAACAUGUCCAUAUUAUUUUAUGAUUGUAAACCUUUAAAGUUACUUUGUAUGAUUUUGUAUCAAGGACAUUUUACACUUAUUCUUUAAAAAAUGUUGUAUAAGGAAAAAUAUCAUCUAGGAAGUCCAGAUUUUCAUAUACUGUACUGUUAGUAAACACAUAAGUGAGAUAGUAAGUCUACAUCAAGACCUCAAAUAUCUGUAUUGUCUCUUGAUUGGCUGUGGUAUCAGAUAUUGAUAUUAAUAGCUUGUGAUUUUUUGUGUACGCAUAUUUUGAUAAUGAAAAUAUCUAAUAGUGCUAGCAUAAUAAGAGUGAAUUAGAUUUUUGAGAAUUUAUGAAAAUAAUCCAGGUCUUGAUGUAUAAAAAUGCAGCCUAAGUUUUUAUAAUUUUUUGUUCUUAGGGUUGGUUUCUGGAUCUCACCGUUACAAUACCUCAGUAAAGACUUUACUCUCAGAUAUUGUUAAAAUUGAUAUAUCAUGUAAUUAUAUAAAGGGAGUCUUUAUUAAGUGUGUGUUGGAUUGAGUUCUAAAAUACCAUACCAUGUGUCAUUUAUGAAAAAGAAGCAAUAAGGAUGCCUAGUUCUAAUGUAGAACUAAACUCCAGUCUUGUGUUAGAUUUCAGUUGAGUUGUGAGUGGUAUAUAACAGGCUGUAUUUUUUUAGAGUCUUGCUCAGGUUCUCAAGAAAAUAAAAUUACUUUUAUUUGUUGAGUAUGAUGUGGGUAUGUGAUUUCAUAUUUAGUUUUUUAUUAAGUCAAUGGUCUAUAUAAUUUCGAUUGCAAUUGAAUACAGUACAUACCAAUGCUCUGAUAAUCUGAUUUAGGAAACCUGGCCAAGAUUGUA